AUGAAGUUAGAUUCAGGCAUAUAUUCAGAAGCACAACGAGUGGUAAGAACUCCGAAAUUUAGGUACAUCAUGCUAGGGCUAGUCGGUGCUGCUGUGGUACCGACUGCAUACAUGAGGAGGAACUAUACUGUCCCCCCACACAGCUUAGAUAGGAUAAACGGCAUGGACACAACUAAGAUGUCUGUAACCGGUGUAGACCAGAGGACUGUUAUGACGAAAGGUAAGAGUUUGCAAGAAAUGAUGGAUGAUGAUGAGACCACCUACUUAAUGUUUUCAUCCAUCAUGUGA